UGAUAGUAAACAAACAAGAACCACGCACCCGCGCAGUGAAUGCUCACAGGUUGCGGCGUUGCGGCUCCACAACUUGGGCGCGCGGAUGGAAACAUCGGAGUAACCAGUUUGUUCCUCGAAUUACAGACAAGGGAAAAACAAACUGAUGGCUUCUCAUGGUAGGAUAGUACUAAGCUACCAUGACACGCUUCUCCGCGAGUCGGACGUGGAGUUACUGGACGAACCGCACUGGGUGAAUGACAACAUCAUCUGGUUUUGGAUGCAAUACCUUGAGAACGAGCUCUACACGUCCAGCUGCGCCUCCCUCGCCUUCGUAGGACCCGACGUUGUACAACUUGUCAAGCUUGGUGCAACGCUCAACGUUGAGCAGGUGCUCAAGUCGCUGGAUCUGAAACAAAAAAAGUUGAUAUUGUUGCCAGUCAACGACUGCCAAGAGUUCGACCUGCCUGGUGGUUGUCACUGGAGCCUCCUUGUUUAUAACCAAGCCAGGAAGAUAUUUGAGCACUACGACUCGUCUAAGGGACACAACCACUCCCAUGCCAAGGCAAUCGCACGAGCUUUAACGCCUCUUCUAUCGCUACGGGAAGUUCGAGUCGUCGAGUCCGACUGCCUACAGCAGCAUAAUUCUUUCGACUGCGGUCUUUACGUUAUGUACAACCUACAACAAGUUUGUGCUGAACAUAUUGUGCUUCCGGAAAGUGACGGUAGUCGUAAGACAUUGCUCACAAGUUGGAUGCAACAAAACAGGAAGACACUGAAAGAACUCAUCACGAAGCUGAGUCGGCCUGAGUGAAUUAACAUUGCGU